AUGGAAGAAGGUCGCUCGGACAGUGUCUACUCCAGUGGCGAGGAGGACACGUUUGCGAAACAGAGUCAGCUCAGGCUACGGAAUGCGGCACGGUGGCGAGAACAGAGCCAGUACGUGAGCUUCGAACCGGCCCUGCUGCUGAUGUGCUUUGCCAUGAGCCUCACAGAGGUUGUCCUCGCGAACCACAUCAUCCUCGAGACGUGCGCCAACGAAGGAUUCGAAAAGGACGCCUGCCAGCUGUUGAACAGUGAUGCAAACUCGACGGAACGUAAGGUGAUUGAAACGCAAGUCCAACCGAUCGCGGCCAAUGUGACGAUGACGAUCGUUAUCAUUAAAUCGGUGGUGCCGGUGUUGGGUGCUCUGCUGCUUGGUGCUUGGUCCGAUCGGUACGGUCGCAAGCCAACUCUCCUCAUCGCUAGUUCCGGAGUUCUUUGUUCGUACGCUCUGCUGACUUUCCUUGCUUUCCUAUCGAUGCGGGUCACUGUGAGCCCUUGGUACUACACCGCCGCUUAUCUUCCGUUCGCAAUUCUGGGCGGAAUGACCGUGAUAACCGCGGCCGCAUUCAGCUACCUGUCCGAUGUGACGACCGAGCAGAACCGGACGAUGAGGAUGGGCUUCAUGGAGGCGGCAAUGAUGAUCGGUGCCUUGGUGGGCUUUCUCGCCAGCAGCUACAUCCUGGAGUGUUUCAACGUAGCAAUCACAUUCGCGAUCGCGACCACCGUGAUCGUGCUGGCGAUGGUGCACGUUGUUUUCCUCACCGAGGAUAGCAUCAUCCUGACCACCAGCACGGGUUUGGGGGAGAAGAUACGUGAUCUGUUUUCGUUAAAUCGCGUUCGUGAACUCUCCAGUACGCUGUUCAUGCAACGGUCAGGCUAUGUGCGCGAGAUACUUUGGGGUGUCGUUAUUCUGACCGCGCUGACGGAGUUUGCUGGUGGAACCGGUGGCAUUUUCUACAUGUACACGAGGCGAACGUUCGGUUGGGAUUUGAAGCAAUUUACGUACUUUCAAUUCACCGAUAUUCUGAUCAUCAUAGUGGGUAAUGUCGUUGGCAUACCGGUACUGAAGCAGGUUCUACGCUGUUCCGACACCACCAUUGCCCUGGUUUCUAUUGCUAGCUAUGCGAUUGAUUCGACCAUCAUGGGAUUCGCAACCAACGGCUGGAUGCUGUAUCUGGCCACUUCGCUAACGGUUCUCAAGGGCACCGAUGGUGCCGCCCUAAUGACGAUCUGCUCCACCAUCCUUCCUGCCGGUGAUAUGGCCAAGUUUUUCUCCAUGGCCCUCUCGCUAACGGCCGUCGUACCGCUCGUGUCUGCUCCGCUGUUCACGUACAUUUACGAUCUGACCAUACAAACGGCCCCCGCGAUGUUCAAUUUUGUGUCCUCUGGCAUCUUCAUCCUGGGAUUCGCGUUGAUGAUUGGAAUCUCCCACCUUGUGCGCCGAUUUUCUCAACCAGAACUGCUGCUGUGAGUUCCACGCAGUGGCCGUAUGAGAGUAUGAAUCUGAUUUUCGUCAUCAAUAAAC